UAGGCUACCCUAUGUCUAGUGUUGUAAAACUUCGCAGGCAUAUUAUUCCGAACAGCUAAAAGUUACAUUUUAUUUUGAGCUGAAAAUUCUCUAUUUUAACACAUCCCAACAUGUCCCUCUCGCUGAUCCUGCGUGGCGCUGUCCGUUGCAAUGCCGCAAACCUCGUUAAAUCGGCCCGUAUCACGCCCCUGAAGGCGUACUCCUCGCUGGUAGCCAAUGCUCAGCGCCAGGUUAAGCCUUUGGUUGUGGCCAAGGCAGUUGCGCCCGUGGUGCGCCGGGAGAUCUCUGUGAGUGCUCCUCGCAUGGCUGCGGCCGAAGGAAAUCAUACCAUGUUGUGGACUAUUGAGCGUCUGGUGUCCGUCGGUCUGUUAGCUGUUAUCCCAGCCGCUUUUAUUGCCCCCUCCCAGGUACUGGAUGCUCUUCUGGCCGUUUCGGUUGUCAUCCACACACACUGGGGAGUAGAAGCAAUGGUCGUUGACUACCUGCGUCCCUCGGUUGUUGGAAACGUUUUACCCAAAGUUGCCCACAUUGGACUGAUUGUCAUUUCGGUGGCUGCACUGGGAGGGCUCUUCUAUUUUAUCCAAAACGACGUCGGAUUGGCUAAUGGCAUCAAGCGAUUCUGGUCUAUUAAGGGAAAGCAGCAGUAAAGCCCAAAACCAGUUGACAAAUCACGAAACCCCAGUUAUUUAUUCAUAGUUUUGUCUGGAAUCAGGUCCCGCGAUUAGCCUUAAAUAAACAAUUGUAUAAAGUAAA